AUGUCUGGCAUCGGCGAAGCAGCCACCAUCGUCGGCUUGGUCACAGGGAUCAUCUCCAUCCUCGGCACCAUCAAAAGCAUUCACGAUGGGGUCCAGGACGCGCGGGGCCUCCCCGAGGCCUUCCACGACGUGGCCGACAGGCUCCCCUCGCCCAGGAUACCCUCAGACUGCGAGGCCAUGCGGCCCGUCACGGAGGCGUGCAAGGAGAAGGCGACCCGGCUCGAAAAGAUUUUCGAAAAGGUGGCCCCGCAGCCCGACGACUCGCGCUUCGAGAGGUACCGCAGCGUCGCGCGCGUCAUGGGCAAGGGCAGCCGGGUGGAGGCGCUGAUGAAGGGCAUCUUGGCGGACCUACAGCUGCUAGCCCAGUCCUUUGGCGUCCGCGCGGUCACGGCCGAGCAGCUGGACGAGAAGCUGUCCAAGGCCAUUCGCGAACUGGCCGAGGCCAAACCCUCCCUGCCCGAGGAGGAGGUGUCUGUCUCGCAGUUCCACUCGGGCUCGGGACACAACAUUGCGGGGAUUUCGUGCAAGGGUCCAAGAUUGGGAGCUUUCACGCUUCUUCCGUCAUAUUUCAUGUGGUCCGUCAUUUCCACCGACCCCGCUGACCGGGUUCUCCGGCUCUUACACGAGAAACCCACCGUGCCGGCGCGGCAACGCCAAAGAAAGAAGAAGCCGCAAAAGACCGAGGGCACCUGUGACUGGCUGCUUGGUGACGAGAAAUAUGUUGAGUGGCGAAAAGGGGAAGCCGCGUCCAGGAUCCUGUGGGUUUCUAGCGGACCGGGCCGAGGCAAGACGAUGCUGGCCAUCUCCGUAGUGGAUGCUAUUGAACGCGCCAAGACCGACGGCGAGAUUCUUCUUUACUUUUUCUACAGAAACGGGGACAAUGAGUGCAAUACCGUCGCCGCCACGUGGGCCGACCUGGCAUGUCAGAUUCUCGACCAGCAGGCGCACUUGGCCGAGUACAUCUUAGAUUACUUCACCCCUUCCGGAGAAUGCCGGGUAUCAGUCGAGACUCUUUUCGAGACUCUACUCGGGCAUGUUGAACAGGACGUGGUCUGCAUUUUAGAUGGAUUGGACGAAUGUAAAUCGUCCGAGGAGGACCUCGAGCGGUUUCUCCAACAACUUGUGGACAUAUUUUCCACGAGAACUCCCGAACAAGGAUUAUCUCGCUUACAGCUACUCAUAUUUUCUCGCGACCGACCAAGAUGCAUCGAAGGUGUGCUCAAUGCGUAUCCGAGAAUAGACCUCGACCGGGAUGCUGCGGAGAAUGUCAAGGCGGAUGUCAAGAGAUACAUCAACGCCAAGAUGGAGGAGCUCAAAAGACAAAAGGUCCUAGAGAGUGACCAGGUUGAACAAGUCAAGGAGUAUCUCGAGACUCAUGCAGCUGGUACUUUUCUAUGGGUGGGAUACGUGGCAUUUGAGCUGAGGUACAAACCUUGGCUGGAAGUGGAGCCAAUUUUGAGGAGUAUCCCCAAAGAUCUGGAUGGCGUCUACAAAAGGAUAAUAGACCAGGUCGAAAACCACUUGAGGGCAGAUGUAAAAGCCUCGCAGAGGCUGGCGGCUGUCUUGAAGUGGAUCGUACUCUCGCAUCGCUAUCUGAUGUUAGAAGAGUUGGCAGCGGCGACAAGGUCGGUCCAUUUACAAGAUAUGAGUCCCGAAGAGAUGGCAAGCGAUGUGCUUUACGUAAAGUACAUUCUCUCCUUGUGCGGCUAUCUCAUCCGGAUUGUCGACGUAGAAGGAGGCGGCGAGGAGAUCCAGCUGCUCCACCAAUCGGCCAAAGAAUUCCUCCUCCGAGGUCAACCCUCCACCAAUACACCCACCGGAUUUCUUUUCGUGGAUGCAGUCGAGGGACAUCGAUCCAUCGGUGAUAUCUGCCUGGCGCAUGUCGAGGACGCCUACCCGGAAGCGUUACGCGGUAGCCAGACUUCACAGGCGCAGUUGCCUCUGCUCGGAUAUGCCGUAGCAAACUGGACGGAACAUGCGAGACAUAUACCACUAGAUUACGGCCAAAGGCCGGGCGGCGACCCUUCGACCUUGCGCGUCCAUUCUGGAAACGCGGGGACAUACGAAAGGCGUGGAGGGAGCAAUUUUGGCAACUGGCGGGAGAAGCGAAGAAUUCGCCUUCCGACUUCACGCGACUACAUCUCGCCGCAAGUGAGGUACGCUCUGAAAAGCUGGGUGCACCACACGGACAGUAGCGGCAGGACCCCGCUCCUGUGCGCCUCGGAGAGGGGCCACGUUCCUCUCGUUCGGCUCCUGCUCAAGAAAGGUUCCGCCGUCAACGCCCAGGACGGCCAGGGCAGGACCCCGUUGCAUCACGCGGCGAAGCGGGGAGACGAGGCGAUGCUAUCGCUCCUCAACGGCUCCGAGCAAGCCGUCAAGGCGCUUCUCGCGGAAAACGCCCGCGUUGCGUACAGAUACACGCUGCCGCCCCGCUUAGAGUCGACCAAGGGGGCCGCGGAACUCGAGGCCGAGAAGCAGGCCGCCGCGGACUUGUUCUUGGUGGAAGGGCGCGAAGGGAUCGUGGGCAGGCAGCUGGUCACCUACGUGGAGACCUUGUCGGAUCUUUCGAACGCGGGGAUGCUGGAGCUCUUUGCGGUGUCGCUCGACCAUCUCCUUUUCGACGGCUUCUUCUACUACCUGUACGCUAGUGGUAAAGUCAAGUCUCGGGCGGAGAAGCGCCUUAAGCCUCGGGAGCGUUCCCCGCUGAUGCGGGCGGUAGAGAAUGGGAACCUCGCCCUCGUUCGACUACUUCUAGGCGCCAAGGAUGCGGAUCUAGAAGAGAGAUGUCAAGGCGGGCGAACGCUGGUCUCUUGGGCGGCCGGAGGAGGGCAUGAGGCGGUGGUCAGGCUACUGCUAGAGUUGGGCGCCGACGUCCUAUCGAGGGAUGAUCAAGAGUUCUCGCCUUUGCCGUGGGCUUGCCAGGCGGGCCACGGGACCGUAGUCAAGUUACUCCUUGAGCGUUCACCUACCGACGAGCUACAUACACGGAGUGGAAGAACCGCCUUGCUGAGCGCGGCUGCAGCGGGGCACGAGGAGGUGGUCGAUAUAUUGCUUACGGCUGGUAUUGAUCCGAAUGUCGUGAACGAGGACGAUCGAACUGCUUUGAUUUAUGCGGCAGCGGGGGCACGAGGGAGUGGCGAGGGUGUUGCUCGCGGCCGGGGCUAA